AUGCACCUGCACACCUCAACGCUGGCCCCUCUAGCCUACUGGCUGGCAAUCGAGCAUCACGAGAAGCUCGGUGGGGGCCAGUCCGGCUUCAGAGAUGUAGUUGCUUGUAGCCGAGCGCCUGACACUUGCUUGGCAGCCUUGUGA